AUGGCUGCUGAGCACAAACCAAAACCUUUACCAUUCAUCGCAAACUUCGCGGCGGGUGCGAUUGCAGGAAUUUCAGAGAUUCUGACCUUCUACCCUCUCGAUGUCGUCAAAACUCGUAUGCAACUGGAGAGAGGACAGGCCCAGUUCGGGCUCGUCGGAACAUUCAGGAAUAUCAUCAAGGAGGAGGGGGUGGGACGUCUCUAUCGAGGUCUUGUUCCUCCCCUACUGCUUGAGGCCCCGAAACGUGCCGUCAAAUUUGCCGCCAACGAUUUCUGGGGGAAAACAUAUAUGGAUAUGUCCGGAGAGAAGAAGAUGACGCAAAGUCUGUCAGUUUUGACAGGUUGCAGCGCUGGGGCGACAGAAAGUUUUGUCGUUGUUCCUUUCGAGCUUGUGAAAAUCAAGCUGCAAGAUAAAACCAGCACCUACAAAGGGCCUAUGGAUGUCGUAAAGCAGGUCAUUCGCAAGGACGGCCUGUUAGGUCUUUAUGCUGGCAUGGAGUCAACGUUCUGGAGACAUGUGUACUGGAAUGGAGGUUACUUUGGAUGUAUCCACCAGGUCAAGGCGCUGCUUCCGAAGCCUGAGACACAACAAGGUGAACUCCUGAACAAUUUCAUCUCCGGUUCUAUUGGUGGAUUUGCCGGCACUCUCGUGAAUACCCCAUUUGACGUUGUAAAAUCACGCAUCCAAGGUGCGGAGAAGAUACCUGGUGUAGUACCCAAAUACAAUUGGACAUACCCCGCGAUCGUGACCAUCGCACGUGAGGAAGGCGUAGCGGCCUUGUACAAGGGCUUCGUUCCCAAAGUUCUUCGGCUAGCCCCGGGCGGUGGUGUCCUGCUUCUCGUCGUCGAAUUUACCCUGGGAGUCUUCCGGAAAACCCUGGGACCUCCAUACAUCUAG